GUGAGGAUGCUGCUGUGUAAUGCACAGGCACUCCUUUCUCUCUGAUCCUCUCCUUCUCCAGCAGCCUGGUGUGGAUGGGAGAGCUGAUCCCAAAACUCCUUUCAUGGUUGAGUCUUCUGAAGAGACAGGACGUGGGUUGGAAAUGCAGCCAGGCAUGCAGGCUCCUUAUUCCCUGGAGAUGGGCUCCUUCCCUCACUUCUAUUCCCCUGUUCACGCCAGCUCCACGUCUGUGAGCCCAUCAUCCAGCCUGUCAGUGGGGAGCACAGUGGACGGACAUCACAACUACCUCGAGGCCCCCACAAACGCCUCCCGGGCGCUGCCAUCCCCCAUGAACACCAUUGGUUCUCCAGUGAAUGCGUUGGGCUCACCCUACAGGGUCAUUGCAUCCUCCAUUGGCUCGCAUCCUGUUGCUCUGUCCUCCUCUGCUCCGGGCAUGAACUUUGUGACCCACAGCCCACAGCUCGAUGUGCUCAACAAUGUCAGCAGCUCGGAGGACAUCAAGCCCUUGCCAGGUCUUCCGGGGAUUGGCAACAUGAAUUAUCCAUCCACAAGCCCAGGUUCCUUAGCCAAACACAUCUGUGCCAUCUGUGGGGACAGGUCCUCAGGGAAGCACUAUGGGGUGUACAGCUGCGAGGGCUGCAAGGGCUUCUUUAAGAGGACCAUCCGGAAGGACCUGAUCUACACCUGCCGUGACAACAAGGACUGCCUCAUCGACAAGCGCCAACGCAACCGCUGCCAGUACUGCCGCUAUCAGAAGUGCCUCGCCAUGGGGAUGAAGAGGGAAGCUGUGCAGGAGGAGAGGCAGCGGAGCAGGGAGCGCAGUGAGAAUGAAGCUGAGUCCACGAGCGGUGGCAGUGAAGACAUGCCUGUGGAGAGGAUCCUGGAAGCUGAGCUGGCAGUAGAACCCAAGACUGAGGCAUACAGUGAUGUGAACACAGAGAGCUCAACAAACGACCCUGUCACCAACAUCUGCCACGCUGCUGACAAGCAGCUCUUCACUCUUGUUGAGUGGGCCAAGCGCAUCCCCCACUUCUCCGACCUGACCCUGGAGGACCAAGUCAUUCUCCUGCGGGCAGGCUGGAACGAGCUGCUCAUCGCAUCCUUCUCCCAUCGCUCUGUGUCAGUGCAGGACGGCAUCCUGCUGGCCACAGGCUUGCAUGUGCACCGCAGCAGUGCUCACAGUGCAGGCGUGGGCUCCAUCUUUGACAGAGUUUUGACAGAGCUGGUGUCCAAAAUGAAGGACAUGCAGAUGGAUAAGUCGGAGCUGGGGUGUCUGCGAGCCAUUGUCCUCUUCAACCCAGACGCCAAGGGCCUGUCCAGCCCCUCCGAAGUGGAGUCGCUGCGGGAGAAGGUCUACGCCACGCUGGAAGCCUACACGAAGCAGAAGUACCCCGAGCAGCCGGGGCGGUUUGCCAAACUCCUCCUGCGCCUGCCAGCACUACGGUCCAUCGGACUGAAGUGCCUGGAGCAUCUCUUCUUCUUCAAGCUGAUCGGGGACACCCCCAUCGACACCUUCCUCAUGGAGAUGCUGGAGACACCCCUGCAGGUCACUUGAGGGUCCGGUCCCCCCCACCAUAUCCCCACACAGCUCCCACUCCUCCUCUCCGGGCUGCAAGAGCUGCCCUCCACCCUCUGCUCCUCUUUGG